AAAGUCAAACGUGCAGAAAGCAGUGACGCCUCGAAUCAAAAUAAAUUGUUUAACCUACAAUCGAUUCCCCAAAAUGUCUGCUGAAUGUUCUAGUUCAACCAGCAAUCCAAAGCUGCUGUUGUACCGCGAUCUGUUUUGUCGCAUAUGUCUGCAGUACAGCAAAGGUGCGUUGAUUCCGAUCGAUGCGGAAAUUAAGAAGACUACGCUGCUGGAUAUGUUUAUUCAGCUAACCACUUUCGAGCAUGAAAAUAAUGAUGCAUUGCCACGGUUUAUGUGCGAACAGUGCGUCAGCAAGUUGACGCUGGCGUAUAGCAUCCGGGAGGAGUUUAUAAGUCAAACGGAGCUGCUGCUGAAGUUGGUCGUGCAGAAGCAACUGAUCAAAUACUACGAACAGUUCCCACUGGAGCUAAAUUUGUCAGCUAAUGCGAAGAUUAAAGCACCAGCGAAGGAAUCACUAUCGCCAUCGUCAAGCCAAAAUUAUGCACGAGAUGAGUUGAAAGCAUGCGAGAAGAUGGUUGCGAAGGUGGUAAACCCAAAGCGACGGGGAGUACCGACCACAAAUCCGGCCGCACCACAGAAACCCGAACAGAUGGUCAUCGCAGACGUUGUCAAAGAGGAUAACUCAACUGUUACAGUGGACGAAGCAGAAGAAAUUCUGCAUGAUCCGAUCACAACACAAGAGGAUACUAGUUUUGGCGAAUUGCCAAACGAUUGGGACUCGUCCAGCACGGGCACGUCGGUCGAUGAGGACGACUGGAGCUACAGUCUCAAUCCACUUACGCCGCAAAAGCUGGCGGAAUUGAAACCGGUACGGUUCCGGCGUAAGUAUCCGAGCUCUUUACGCAAACGUCCCAAACCAGACGAAGACAAGCACGGCAAAAAGAUUAAACAGAACCAGUUUUCCACAACCACCUGCUACAUCUGUGAUACGAAACAUGAUUCGAUCGCACUACGUGACGACCACUUUCGGCAUCAUAUCCACAUGCUACCGUACGAAUGUACGGAAUGUAUUGCGGAUCCACCAUUGGAUGAUGAACCCGAAAAAGAACCGACAGAACAGGAACAACAGACACCUGCCAAGCAUAUUGUGUUGCGGAGCGUUAUCCAGCUGAACACCCACAUGAUGAUGCAUACGAUGCCGCACAAAUGUGACCACUGUUACAGACGGUUUAUGUCUACGUAUCUGCUCAAUCACCAUCUGUGGAACUAUCACGAGCAUUCGAAGGAAGGGCUUACGUGCGAAUGGUGCGGCAAGCGGUACUACACGCGACGUCCCUUCCAGGAGCACGUCAGGCGUCACAAACACUCUACGACAGAACGUUUCAAGUGCGACACGUGCGGUCGUACGUUCGGUUCGAAUGCGUUGCUCAAGCGUCACUUGACGGUACACACCGGUGAAAGGAACCACAAAUGCACCUAUUGCCCUCGACGCUUUAGCCGGAGGUGUAAUCUACUCGACCACUUGCGACUACACACGGGCGAACGAUGUCACAAGUGCGACAAAUGUUCACAAACAUUCAACAGCAAAGCGUCGCUCGAGAAGCAUCAUCAAAACUAUCACAGUGAGACGGCGUUGUUACCGCCCAAGGGUGAUCGUAACAUUUACACGCUACAGUCCGAUGGAUCCAGACUGUAUCGCUGCAAAACGGAGGGUUGUGCGUUUACGAGCGUUUCCAGUACGAUAAUGACGCAGCACCGACAACGCCAUAAUAAGCCGUUCGUAUGUGAAGAGUGCGGUCAGCGGUUUGUGGCACCGAAGUAUGUCCGCAAGCACAUGAGUGUGAUGCAUUCGGGGAAACCGAGGAAACCGUACCAAAGGUCCGCUAAUACAACAAAGAAGAUGAAAGAUGAACUCAUAGACGAAUCCACCGCUGAUCUGAGCGUGGACGAAGGUUUGAUCCAAGAGGUGAAACUGGAAGAGGAGUUGCAGGUGGAGGAUGACACGUGGACGAAGGUGAAGGAUAACAUCAUACGCACCGAGUGGAAUGCAGGCGAACUGAAUGUCGUGCGGGAGUACGUGGUCGAGUUUGUGGAAGAUUCGAAGGAGAUUGAAAUCAAAUCGUUCAUGAGCUCGCAAAGCCACCGGGAGCAUAUGGAUUCGCACGCGAACGUCCGGCGAUUCGAGUGCGAUGUGUGCGAUAAAAAGUUUGUGCGCCGUCGCAAUCUGGUUAACCACCGUAUGUCGCACACUAACAUUCGGCCGUACCGGUGUGAAGACUGUGAUAGCGCGACGUUCAAGUACAAGAGCGACUUAAACCGACAUCGGAAAGACAAGCAUGGACGGCUGGAACAGCCGGCUGGUGGGCCUGUAAACGAACAGAUUGUCCUGAUGAACGAUGAUCCCGUAAUGGAUGGAAUGCUUGUAGAAAAUGUUCCAGAGGGUAUGCUGGUGAAUGAGGGCAUUGAGCUAGAUGGAACGUACGGUGAAGUUAUUGAGACGGUGGAAGAAUCUAUUGUCGUUGAGCAGCCAAUAGUUAGCAUCGGCAUAGAUGAGGUCACCAAGGAGGAGUAUAUUAUCGAGUACAUUAAUCACCAGUUAAAUUACCCUCAUCUGCUAUUGUUGAUCGAAACUUCAAUAAAUCUUUUGCGCUUACGACGCAAAAUGGAACCAGCCAGUGAAGCAAAACAAGGCACCGCACCGAGCGCAUCAUCUGCCCCGGAGCGCAGUAAACCCGUCGAAGAAAAGCUGCUUGCAGAAGUGUCAUCCGACGACUUUUGCCGAAUAUGUUUGCUAAAAUCCGCGCAGCUAAAACCCUUGAUGGAACGUGUGGAUGGGGUUAUGAUACCGGAAAUGCUGUACAAGCUGUGUGGUCGCCAGAUUGAGGUCCAGGACGGUUACCCGCGCAGCAUCUGCCAGCGGUGCUUCUGUAAGCUGGAUUGUGCGUUCCGGUUUCUGAACGAGUUUCAAAAGCAGGACGAACGUUUGCGCAGUUUUUACUGGAGCGGUUCCGUAUCGGAAAGGUUGGAGGAGUAUCAAACGGAAGGUAAUGCAACUGUCCGCAAGCGAAUGGAUGAGCUGACCAAGCGGCACAAGCAUCUUUUCUCACAGCCCGUGAAGGAGAUGUGCCACAAGGAGACCAACACAGUGAAACCGCGACAGCCCAAAAUGGUGGAUGCUGGUAUGGUUACGGAUAAGGAGAUGCUUAAUCUGCAGUUUGUGAAAUCGGAAGAAGAGUCGGACAAUGACAUGCUGCUGGAACAUUACGUUAUGGAGGAAGACAACGAGGUGACGUACCUCGACUACAACAGCAUGGAUAGCGAUGGAUCAACGCUGAAAGAUGAGCAGAUGGUGGAGAUGAAGAUAGAUGUGAUCCAGUCGGCGGACGAAGCGGAAUCGUACAGCGAUGAAAAGCCUUCUAGGUCGAAAGAUUCCAAAGUCGCACGGAGACAACCGGAACAUCAGCGGCGCAAAAUGACGCGUGUUAAGUUAGCCCCAAUCGAUGCGAUGGAUGAUAGCAUACAGACCGAUACAGAUGAUCAGACGCAGGACCAGUUGGUAUAUUACGAGGACAGUGCGACCGAGGUGGAGGAAGAGGAGGAAGCAUUCGAUCCCCUCCACUGUUACAUUUGCGACUCAAAGGAACAGUCGGAAGAGCUGUUAGAGCAUCAUCUCGAUCUGCACAGCACGAUGCUACCGUACGACUGUAAGUCAUGCGUUGUCCACGAUUUGACAGGGCGUACGAUCAAAACGGUUUCCUCGCUGCACAACCACUUUCGCUCGCACCUUUACCCAUACUGGUGCGACAUCUGUGGCAAGCGGUUUCUACGCAAAGCGCAGCUAGCAAAGCACAAGGAAAACCACAGCAACAGUUUGUUCGUGUGUGACGAAUGUGGCCGCGGAUUUACGCAUAAAAAAACCAAGGCCCGCUUGGAUCGGCACGUGCGCCUGCAUACGGGCGAUCGGCCGUAUCAGUGUAAGUACUGCAGCAAGCGCUAUUACGACCGACACCAACUGCAGUGCCACACGGAAAAGCACUUCCGGGACAUGGAAUGUUCAUGCGAGUACUGUGGCGAAACAUUCGGUGGCAUUAAGUUGCUAGACGCACACAAGCUGGCGAAGCAUUUGACCGGUCAGGAGCGGGAAGAUUUUUUGGCUAGCCGUGCGAAACGCGUAAAGCGACCGGCCAUCCUGAAGGAGGAGCACCAAACGUGCCCGUACCCGGACUGUAACUACACCGCCAAGACGUACGGUGCGAUGUAUGUGCACAAGCGCACCAAACAUAAGCCAGUGCAUCGUUGCGACAUGUGCAACAAAUCGUUCGCCUUCCUAAACCAGUUCCAGACCCACAUGAAGCUGCACACGGGCGAGAAACCGUUUCAGUGCGAAAUCUGUGGUCGCAGCUUCCGGCGUGGGUUUAGCUACAAGGAGCAUAUGGAGAUGCACACGUCCGAAGCGAACUACAACUGUCCGACGUGUAACAAAAGCUUCAAGCGGCCCCGAUAUCUGCAGGCGCACAUGCUUACGCACACGGCCGAGCGUAAGUUUUCGUGCGAGAUGUGUGGCAACAGCUACAAGACGAAUGGGGAGCUGAAGAAGCACAACAAAAACAAGCACGGUCUAGACAUUUUGGAGCAGGAUGUGGUCAUUGAAACUGAGGAACAGGCGUUCAUUGUAGAGUACGUGAACUAAGGGUAUGAAUGUAGAGUGUAAGGGCAACUGUUGCAGAAAAAAAACAAAUAGAAUCCCCCUCCCCCACGGUUUGUGAGUUGUUGAAGACACAAACUCAAAAACGUUUAGCUUAACACACCACAAAGCGUGGCAAAUAUUUAGCGGACCAUUUGGUUAAUUAACGCAUGGAAUCCAUAAAGUCGCGUCAAAAAUUGCCGCUAUCAAUGCUUACUUGACCAGAAGUAUAGCAUCCGCAUUACCUGAAUUUGGGGUGAUUAAAUACCCCUUGCCGGUAACCAUAAGCAACGCCGGGGUGUAUCGAAUUCGGGUAUUCGCGGCAUUGAUCGUGUUAAGAAGAUAGACGAUAAGCGAAAUGCAUGGAAAAUAAAAUAUGUUAUUUUGAUUUUAUUACAUUUAGAUUCAAUAAAUCGUAACCCAUACCCUA